GUACGACUGAUGUGAAACUAUUGCCAAUUCUUUCCUCACAGCUGAAAUGCAAGAACAUCUUUGAAUUUACGUAUAGUUUUUGUGUCAGCCAUGAAGACUAGGUAAAGAGGGAUUAACCAGGUGUAUCUUAGAGAAUCCAGGAUGUUUGCCUCGAGCAGUCAGCUGAAGCACUGGAUGUUUAACAAUGAAGGCGAGAUUCAGUCCCUGAGACAGGAGGCCAACGAACGCUACGUAGAGGAACAUGGGACCAAGAUGUCCGAGGAGCAGAGACAAGCCUAUUUCCUGUCAGCAUCCGAGGAAAGACAUCUCUGCCGCCAUUUUGAAUUCGUCCUUAAGGAAUUCUGUAGCAGGUUCCAGCCACCAAUGCCCAAAUAUGUUUUGGGAACAGCCCUGUGUUAUUUCAAGCGUUUUUACAUAAAUUGCUCAGCGAUGGAUUACCAUCCCAAAGACAUCAUGUUGACCUGCGUGUACUUAGCCAGUAAGGUGGAGGAGUUCAACGUGUCAAUCAACCAGUUUGUGGGGAACUUGAAGGGGGACCGAGAAAAGUUCGCCAACAUUAUCCUGACCUUUGAACUUCUGUUGAUGGACAAGCUUAACUAUCACCUGCUGAUCCACAACCCUUACAGACCCAUGGAGGGGCUAUUUAUAGAUCUCAAGACCAGGUUCAGAGUUUUGGAAAAUCCUGAGAAACUCCGGAAAGGAGCGGAGGAAUUCCUGGAAAAGUCCCUGAUGACUGAUGUGUGCAUGCUAUUUGCACCUUCACAGGUAGCAUUAACAGCUGUGUUGGUCAGUGCUGCCAAAGAGAAGGCUAACCUGGACAGGUAUGUAACAGAAACGCUGCUAAAGGGCAUGUCCCCAGAGGACAUAAAGAAACUACAGGUGCAAAUCAAAAAGCUGAGAUACAUGGUAAAAUCACAGGAACAGAUUCCCAGGGAGCAAAUGGUUCAUCUACAGAGGAAGCUGGACCACUGCCGGAACCAAGAAAACAACCCAGAGAGUGAAGUAUAUAAAAGAAAAUUGCAAGAAAUGUUAAAUGAAGAUGAAGAAAUUCAGACAAAGAAGAGGAAAAAAAUCAGUGAGGAGCAGAAGAAGAAGGACGAUGAAUUACUGUUCAUGCCAUCAUACGUGCCAUCCUCCAACACGUGAAAAUCUGGUCAUGAAAACAAUACACAGGGAUAAGAUAUAAAUUGUUGACAGAUGAAGAUUGCUUUUUGAGCGAUGAAGGUUGCUUGUUGAGAGAUGACGAUCGCUUGUUGAGUGAAUAAUCGCUUGUUGAGUGAAUAAUCGGUUGUUAGGUGAUGAAUCGCUUGUUGAAUGAUGAAUAUGACUUGUGGAGUGAUAAAAGGGUAUUGCAUUACACUGCAUUAAUUGUCAACAGUUCUACUGUCUGUACAUUUUGGAUGGUGUCCACUCGUAAUCAGGGGAUGAGUGAACUCUUGACCCCUGACAUUGUGAAGAUGAAGAAACAUAAUUAUUACUUAAUUAAUAACCACAAUCAGUUUAUGAAAUGACAAUAAAUGAGCUGUAAUGUCAGGUUUUGCAACUCAAGUGCUUUGUAUGGAGCAUAGUAAGUCUGUUUUAAUUAAUAAAUCAUAUUUUGUUUGAAAAAUAAAAAAAUAAUUUAAUUAAACUUAAACCAGAA